UUUAUCAAAAUUAAUAAAGUGCUUUAAAGCGGAAACACCUAACGUUAGCUUAUAUUAACUUGCAAAAGAAAAUAUUAUUGCUUUAAAGCGGAAACACCUAAUUUUUGAAUUUUAAUUAGUUCGAUGAAUCAGAUAUUAAUUGGCCCUACUUUCCUUUGUUAGACAAUUAUCCAAUUCAACUCUCAUAAGAAGGCCGGUGAUUUAUCAAAAUUAAUAAAGUGCUUUAAAACGGAAACACCUAACGUUAGCUUACAUUAACUUGCAAACGAAGAUAUUAUGAAUUGUCAGUAAAUAAAAAUAUGAUACUAGACAAUUAUCUGAACACUUUCAAUCCCAUAAACUAUGUAUGAUUUUCUGAAACCUGAAAUUUGAACUUCAAUACAUAAAAACGAUGAAUGGAACUAAAAUAUCUGUUUCGCAUGAAUAUUAAAUAAUUAUAAAUUUUAGAGUUUUUUUUUGUCAAUACAAAGGUCGUCAUAAAGCAAUUAAAGGGAGAGUCCAAAAUUUUUAGAUUCUUUUUAAUAGAUUUCCAAAUAUGUUUAUAUUCAUUGUAACUUUCUUAACUUUAAUUUUUUUUUAUAGUAUUAACUAAGAAACAUAAGGGCGUCUAAUUUUCAAAAAAGCCAUUAAAUUUGAAUUUAUGGUAAACUAGAGGAUUUCCGCGCUUCGCGCAAAAUAUUAUUUUAAUCUUGAGCCGUCACCAUCUAUGUAUUUCGUUUACUUUUCUAGUGUGCAUUGUUUCUCACCAUCAGUGGGAAAAAACUUACUUCUGUGUUAUUGUUUUUCCUCACCUUUUUUUUGUGAAAUUAUCUGGUAUUUAUUAUAGAUCAGACAUAUUAGUUCCAUGUUGUGCGGUUAUUUCUUAUGGCGUUGUAUGUUAUUUCGGUCAAUAUUGGUCCUUUUUUUCCUUAGAUUUUGGCUAAGGUAAUUAGAAACUACAUCCUCGUUGGGUUGGGUCAGAGUUUAAUUGUCAUUGAAGUUGUUUUCCUCGUCGCUGGUUUACCGUCGAUAGUCUCUGCUCGUCUUGGUUUUUAAAAUAUGUUCUUUGGUGAUCUUACUUCUAUGCUUUUUUCAUAACUCGAAGAUGGCUCCACGGUUUGUUGAUUUCAUUUUGUCUCUUUUUAUCUCUUUGUUCUCUCAUCUUGUUGCAUCUUUCAUCGCUGAUCACGUCUUUGGUGGCUCUCUCUUUUGCCAUAUUUACUACUCCAGGUUUAGAUAGUGUUUUUCUCUGUAUAUGCUUUCUGCGCUUAGAAUGUUGUUUAUGGUCUCAAGCUUAAGCUUUAGUUUCUCGGUGGUUGGCUUCCAUUCUCCCCCACUCAGGUUGUUUAUCUUCUUCUCAUGUAUCCAUUGGUGUAGGUUUGCGGAGUUAAUCUUUUGAAGCUUUGGUUUCUUCUAUUCAGAGUUUUGUGGUUCUUCGCUGGCAUGGGCGCUUUGUAUGUGCUUGUUUAGUUUGUGAGGUGCUCCUUAUCUCUUAGCUGGUGGUUGUGCUUCCGGUGUUUUAGACAUGCGUCUUUUUGUUUCGUGGUGACUUUGUUCUUCCGAUGAUUAUUCUUUCUCUGACCCGCUUUUUUGGUUGUUUGCGCUGGUGCUUGAUCCCGAUCCUUUGUGUUCCGGAGAUUGCUUUGUCUCAUAUUUUAUUUUUUUUUCUUUUUAUCUUUUUGUGACAUCUGCUUAUUUUAGCCAAGACAUUCUAUAGUAAGAUGAGAUAGGUUAGUCUUCUUAGUUGAUCUUUUUUCAGCUUCAAACCUUUAUUGAGUUAGUUUUAAUAUGGUAUUUUGCUUUUUUUCUAUGACCGUAGAAGUUUUAUGGUUAGAUUAUGUAUUUCACUCUAAUUUCUUCUUAUUAUUUUGGUCAUUUUAUAUUUUUAACAGUUAAAUAAAUAUAUAAUUUGUAAAUUAAAUAAUAGAAAAUGGUAAAAACAAUAAAAUAAUAAAAUAACAAAAAUUUAUGUUAUUUUUAGUAGUGAAUAAAUUAAAUAUGUAAAAUAUAUUUCUAUUUUUUUUAUUCAUCUUGAAUUUUAGUGAACAAUAAAAUAGAUUAUCAAAUUUCAUACGAUAAUAGUUAGUGCGAAAAAGAUUAGAUAGUGCACUAUUAGAAAAUACUUGGCCAAAUUACAAUAAUCUUAAGAAGAAAGACCUAAAAUGUAAAAAAAAAAUAUUGAUGACACGUGUUGAAAAAUCCUCCUUUCACUUGUCUUUUUUUUAACGCUAAUUUAUUACUUACAAUUAUGAUAUGAGAAAGAUUACAUAGACGAUUCGACGAUCGACAAUACUACAUGCCUUAUGAAGACCUACGCCUAACUGAAUCACCUGAGCCGUCCUACGAAAAUCCAUGCCUGACCAGAUUUACUUGCACCAUGUUGAAGAUCCCUUGUAAGCCUUUCUUCCGUAGUAUGUGUAAUUGUUUAAUAAAUCGCUAUCUCCAGGACUUGAAACCUGGAUUUCCUGUCAUCUGCAAUAAAUUGCAUAGUCUGGGAUUCGAACUCCAGACCUGGGUGAAGAAGCCUUUAAACCUUACCUAGUAGGUUACAGUGCUUCCACUCCUCUUAUCACUUGUCAGGACUCAGAAAAAGGGAAAAAACCAAUUAUAUAUAUAUAUAUAUAUAUAUAUAUAUAUAUAUAUAUAGAUGAACAAUAAUAAGGUUUCCAUUUUUAGAAAAUUCCCUAGUUAAGUAGUUUCUGAAAUUUUUUUUUUUUUUUUUGCUAAAAAGUUUUUGAAAGUUUCCUUAAAAAAAAGGAAAUUACGUUUGUGAGAAGUUAACCAAUCUCCACCGUUGCAGUAAUCCCUAAAAUCUGUAGAAAUUGAGCUUUUCCCCCACUUGAAUCGUUCACAAACUAUAAGAAACAAUUAUCUCGGUCAACCAAUCUCUUCUUUAUUUUUCGCUGGUUUUGAAAAUCGGACCGUUACGGAAGAGAACUCAGAGAAGUCGUUACCGCAUGAAGAGCAUCACACUUUAAAAAGUGUUUUUACACAUAUCUUUCUCUUUUAUCUGGUUUUAGGCUUCUAAACUUUUCUAGGGUUUACGGUUCAAGUUCCGAAAAUAACAGUAUGUUUCCAUUACCAAACAUGGAAGAACCUGCCGCUAAAAAGACGAGAUCAUCACCGUUAUUGCCAGACUGGUCUCAGCUCCCUAAAGAGCUACUUGAGAUUAUCACCGACAAUGUGAACUGUUUCGAUAUUGUUCAUGCUCGCUCUGUUUGCACCUCGUGGCGAUCCACGUUUCCCUUUCCUUCUUGCCUUUUACGCUCCAAUUACUCUCUUCCCACUUUCGAUAAGCUCUCUCUCGAGACAAACGAAGAAGGCUCGUACAUCCUCGGGAAGAUCCCUUAUUUCCUCUUCAGAGUCCCAGCUCUUACUGCUGAGUCGCCUUCCGAGUAUUUCUUUGGAGGGAUAGGACAAGCUGAGUCAGAGGAGCUUCCAUGUCCUAUUCAGUGCUCAGUGAAAGUGAAGAUUCAAGGAUCUGACCCAACCUUCUUGAAGAUGAAUGAUUGCCAGAUCUUUCCUCUAGGCCAUCAGUACAGAAUGUUUGGUUGGGAACUUAAAGAUUACAGAGGCGUAGCUUUUCUUCCGCUCUACAAGGAAGGACGUGGAGGAGAAUUCGUUGUGCUUCUCAACUACUAUUAUGGAAAGCUAAUGGUGUUAACAAGUGUGGAAAUGAAGUGGAAACGGUUUGAGAAACUCUCAGAGACUUUAUGCUCGAAUGUGGUCACUUUCAGAGGUCGAUUUUACGUAUCUUUUCUUAGCAGAAGAACCGUUGUUGUUAUCGACCCUCAUUCGCUGGAGGUGACUGACCUGAUGCCCUUAACACAAACUGGUUUAAACUUUCUGGUUCCAUCUGGCGACGAUGAGCUUUUCCUGGUUGAGGUAAUGGUACCGUCUGGGGACUUCGAUUUUAACCGGUUCACAUGUAACGUUAGUAGGGUAGAUGAGGAGGCUGGUAAAUGGGUCAAGGUCAGUGAUUUGGGAGACCGUGUUUUGGUUAUUGCACGCUUGGGAAAUGUCUCAUUCUCGGCUAAAGAGCUUCCUGAUGGGUGUGGUGUGAGUGGGAACUCAAUUGUAUUCACCAAUUGGCCACAAGAUGUAGCAUUAUUCUAUAAAUAUGGACCAUACCAAGGAAGUGCGGAAGAGCUUCCUGAUGGGUGUGGUGUGAAUGGGAACAUCAAGACUGUUUGGAGAACCUCAAGAGAGAAUAGUGGGGUGAUCCUCAACACAUUUCCGGUUGUGGCUCUCCGGGUUGAGCGCUAAACAUGCUUUGGAUACCUAAGACAUUCUCUUGCUUUUUUUUUUUUUUUUUCAUAUCUUAAAUAAACUUAUCUUUGAGUUUAGGUUUAGGUUAUGUGAUCUCUGAUGUUAGCCAUUCUUCUGGAUUGUGUAUCUUGUGACAUGGUUAAGAUAGAUCACACAAGUCGUUUUAAUAAAAAAAAUAUGUUUCAAAACUAUUCCUCACAACCUUGUUGUUACCACACACACAGCUUUGUUUAUGGAAAUAAUCGUCUCAUGAAGUCUUUCAAACGUAUCUGGCAGUGUUCUUGGCCUGGUCAUGUGUUUGAAAAAAUUAGUUUUAGUCCCAAAUCAUAUGAAAACUUUGAACUCCAUGUACUCGAGCAGCAGCAGAUGCACAACGGUGGCUUGUUUGGACUUCCGAACCACCUUCAUGGCUACAACAAACAUGUAAUAAUGUACAUUGCAUUAUCGUAAGAUGUGUCAUGUCGAUCUCUUAAUUUAUGCCUUGGACUUGGAGACUAAAGUUAAGCACACAAAACUAAAGUUAAAGACAAGUUUGGUAUGUUUGAGAUUCUGUUUUCGUUACAUUUGUAUAGUAAAUUUGACAUUUAGGUGGCUGUGAUUCAGUUCAACUUUCAAGAAAGAAACAAGUGGAGAGGAAGAAAAAUCAAUAAACUGAAGCAUUGUAUUCGUCACAAAAAGAGUGAUGAUCAGAACAACACACUAAUAAAAUAAUCGGUUAUAGCCAAGGUUUUUCGUGGCUAUAAGCCAAAUUUCGUGGUUAUAAGCCAAUUUUUUGGUUGUAUGAACUAAAAGCCACAAAAAGAAAAUGUGGGGUUAUACGUUCAUACCAAUUUCAAAUUGUAUCUUAAUAUGGCUGAAAAGCUCUGAUUUUGCCACGCAUGUUAGUGGUUAAAUAUGCUACGUUUUGUCAUGAAUAUUAGAUAUAUUAGAGCAUCGGUGGAUACUUUCUUAUUAGUACAUGAUGUAUAUAUUAAUAAUAUCAUUUAUUUUUGUAACUAAAAUUCAAAACAAAAGAAAAGUAAGUUAAUAAGAAAUAAACACGUUUGCUUAAGUUUCUCAACUGUCAGAAAUUUUGUUUUUCCCACAGAGACGUACCUUAAUAAUUUCCAUUCUCUUUUUACAUUUUGUAUUUGAUUUUAUUAUAAUAAUUGUGAGAGAUUGGGUCGGAGUCUGCCGCUGCGCAUGCUCUAAGGGCAUCAUCAUCGGUCAAGAGACCACAAGAGUU